AUGUCAUUUGCUACCGACGGUGGCAGGGAACCUGAACCCUCUACCUCCGCCCCUGCUUCCGCCUCCUCCUCCGCCUCCACCUCUACCUCCAUCUCCACCUCCGUUGAAUGGUCACAGCCAUGCCGUAACUUCGAAUUUCCUGAAAUUCUAUUAGCAACAGAAAACUUUGACGAAUCAUUAGUAAUUGGGCGUGGGGGUUUUGGGAAAGUUUACAGAGGUAAAAUUAUCAAUGGAUCAAGUGUUGUCGUUGCUGCAAUUAAACGGUUGGAUUCCAUGUCCAAUCAAGGCGCAGCAGAAUUCUGGGCAGAAGUCCAUAUGCUAUUCAAAUUACGUCACUGUCACCUUGUCUCUUUGAUUGGUUACUGUAAUCAUGGGAAAGAGAUGAUCCUUGUGUACGAAUAUAUGCCUCAUGGAACACUCGAAGAUCAUCUCCACAAACUUUCUACUCCUCUUUCAUGGGUUCAGCGACUCAAGAUCUGCAUAGGUGCAGCUCGUGGGUUGGACUACCUCCACACUGGUACAGGUAUUGGGUUGGGUGUUAUACAUCGCGAUGUCAAGAGCUCAAAUAUAUUGUUACAUGAGACAUGGGCAGCUAAAAUUUCGGAUUUUGGGUUGUCUAGAAUCGGUCCAACUAAUCAGCCAUCCACUUACGUGAACACUCUUGUUAAAGGAACUUUUGGGUAUCUUGAUCCCAACUAUUUUACAACCGGAAGGCUUACCAGGAAGUCUGAUGUGUAUUCUUUUGGGGUUGUAUUGUUGGAGGUUCUGUGUAGGAAGCGUGCAGUGGAUAAAAGUCUUGAUGAGGAGCAAUGGGGUUUAGUGGGAUGGGCUCAAGAGUAUAUCAAGGAGGAAAAACUGAAGCAUAUAGUUGAUUCUGAUAUAAGGGAUCAAAUAUCCACAAAAUGUUUGAAAGAGUUUAUUGGAAUUACAGAGAGAUGUUUGCUCAGUAAUCCAAAGCAGCGACCUAUGAUGACUGAGGUUGUGUUCAGUCUUGAUUGUGCUCUCACCUUACAAGAGAAAACCAAUACUUCUUUACAGGCUGCAGGCAAAACAAUAUUCAGUAGAAUGGUUGAUAUGCUUCCGUUUCCAUCCAGUGGGGAGAACUCUGUGCAUAGUGAUCCAAAGCUAUCAAGUAAUAACAAUGGGGAUAUGUUUUCGGACGUUCCUAAUUCAAGUUUGAAAGUAUUCAAGUUUGCUGAUUUAAAAAAAGCUACAAGCAACUUUCGUGAUGAUUUGGUGUUGGGCCAGGGAGCUUUUGGAAAGGUGUUGUUAGGUUGGAUUGACAAGAAAACAUUUGUUCCUUCAAGAUAUGGUGUUGGGAUUCCCGUUGCUAUUAAAAGGCGCAGUGCAUCAAGCAUUCGCGGAAAUUCUGAAUGGCUAUCAGAGGUACGCUUCUUAGGAUGCUUGGCUCAUUCCAAUAUUAUUAGUCUCUUGGGGUACUGCAAUCAUGAACAAGAAUACUUACUUGUUUAUGAGUACAUGCAAAACCGAAGUUUGGAUCGCUUUUUGUACACAAGUGCACAUGUUAGAGCUCAACCGCUAUCAUGGAAAACACGUCUUAUCAUACUGAUAGGAGUUGCCCGUGGUCUCACUUAUGUUCAUUCGUCAAAAGAUGAAAUCAUACACCGUAAUGUUGAAUGUUCUAGUAUAUUGUUGGAUCAAGCUUUUAAUGCAAAACUAGGAGGUUUUGGGUUGGCAAGAUCUGGCCCUGAAAGCGGGAAAACACAUGUUAGUACACGUGUUGUGGGCAACAGUGGUGUUCUAGCCCCAGAGUAUAUAGCAACCGGACAUCUUAGUGUGAAAUGUGACAUCUACAGUUUUGGAGUAGUGUUGUUAGAAACAUUAACAGGAUUAAAGGCUAACGCCAUCAUGGGUCGUUAUGAGACACAAAAUUUGGCAGAAUGGCAUCAAAAUGUUUUGCAAACAAACCUAAGGAUAGGCCAUCAAGUAAAGAAGCUUUGCUGA